GAUUUAUCAUUCACUUUGAUAGCAAUGGUAGACAUUAAAACAUCUGCUAGUAUCAAUGUGGCAAAAUAAUGGAGGAACCAAAAUAUUUACUGUUGUUGUUGCUAUGGAUAUUCACUGUCCAGGUUGCACUUGGGAAGAUUACUUUCUUCAUACACGUAGACCUAGUGAAAAGUACAGGAAAUAAACUCCAUGGCGGUGGGUGUUGUCAGGGUGUAACAGACACUCACUGUACCAAGUUAUGUAAGCCUGUCCUCACCGUGUGUCUCAAAGACAAAACUCAUACCUGUAUCACUAGUUUUACCACCACGUUGGACAUGCGUCAACAGACUGUCACAUAUGGUUCCAAAGUUGGCAAUACCACAAAUCCACAGUUUUUGGAAGUGGACAACUGGGCAAAAUACCUUGACAAGAUAUCAGUGAACGUGAAUGAUAUGGGACCCUCUACACCACUCAUCUACCAGACCGAGUUUUCUGAUUACAGUCUUAAAAUUGGGAACAACAUUUUGUCCCAAAACUGGAGACAGAAGAAAUUAACAACCAGUUAUUUUUCGGAUCACAAUGCUUUCUCAUUACAGUUAACUUACAAAGCGUACUGUUCUGAGGGCUACUAUGGAUCAGACUGUACCGCUCACUGUCCUGGUAAUCCAAGGAAGUGUGUAGUCAACGAGCAUACCUACUGUAAAAUGGGUUGGCGUGGUAACAACUGUGACCAAGACAUUAACGAAUGUUCUACACAAGCUUUCUGUAGUCAUGGUCACUGUACAAACACUGUUGGUAGUUUUCAUUGUACCUGUCCUCCCUCCGUGUAUGGUCUGAAAUGUCAACUUGAUGAGGAUGAAUGUUUACUGGAGCCUUGUAAUGGCGGAGAGUGUAUCAACAAAAUAGGGAGUUACCAGUGUCAGUGUAAGAACGGAACCACUGGUACAAACUGUGAAGCUUUAACGGCAACAACGUGUUCCGGCAUCACGUGUAAUAACCAUGGAACGUGUAGUGUCCGACAUCAUAAGGCAGUGUGUACGUGUGAUACAGACUACUCUGGGACUGACUGUUCCGUCAGAGACUUCUGUAGAAACAACAAAUGUCAACAUAGUUCUACUUGUGUUACUAGUGAAACAAACUAUACCUGUCACUGUCAGAAAGGUUAUACGGGUCAAUAUUGUGAAACUCAGGAUUACUGCGCCAGUCAACCUUGUCUUAACUUGGGAGUCUGUACGAACACACCGGCAGGAUACCAGUGUAAAUGUGUUGAUUAUUUUACAGGGAGAAAUUGCAGUGAGUAUAACUUUUGUGGGGGAAUUAAUUGCAGUGGUAACGGUGUUUGUCACGUGGUUGGGAAGGGUCGUCAUUGUUCUUGUAACCCAGGGUAUAAAGGCAACGACUGUGAAACACAGGACUACUGCUAUAACAAGAACUGCUCAAACCAUGGAAACUGUAACAACGGAAACAAUGGGUACACGUGUACCUGUAGUGGCGGAUACACCGGUAAAGACUGUGACGCGCGGGAUUAUUGCUACACCAAACACUGUUUUCAGCGUGGUAGUUGUCGGAAUGGAAACAACGGAUAUACGUGUAGUUGUAAUUCGGGAUAUAUCGGUAAAGAUUGCGAAACACGGAAUUAUUGUAAUAAUAAGCACUGUUCUAACCACGGUACGUGUCAUAACGAACAAACCUCAUACAGAUGUAACUGUACCUCUGGGUACAUCGGUAAAGAUUGCCAGACACGAGAUUAUUGUUACAAUCAGAAAUGCUCUAACCAUGGCACCUGUCAUAACGGACGAACCACGUACACAUGUACUUGUCAUCCGGGUUACACGGGCAAAAACUGUGAGCACACUUACUGUUACAACAAAAUAUGCUCAAACCAUGGUAAAUGUAUAAAUGGUCAAAACACAUAUACAUGUAACUGUACCGCAGGAUACAUGGGCACAAACUGUGAAAAAAUAGAUUACUGUAACAAUCAGCGCUGUUCUAACCACGGUACUUGUCGUAACGGAAAUACCAAAUAUACAUGUAAUUGUAACCCUGGAUUCACUGGUACAAACUGUGAAAAAACAGAUUAUUGUAACAAUCAGCACUGUUCUAACCACGGUACUUGUCGUAACGGAAAUACCAAAUAUACCUGUAACUGUAACGCUGGAUAUACGGGUACUAACUGUGAAAAAACAGAUUAUUGUAACAAUCAGCGCUGUUCUAACCACGGUACUUGUCAUAACGGAAAUAACGGAUAUACAUGUAAUUGUAACCCUGGAUUCAACGGUACAAAUUGUGAAAAAAUAGAUUACUGUAACAACCAGCACUGUUCUAACCACGGUACUUGUCGUAACGGAAAUACCAAAUAUACAUGUAAUUGUAACCCUGGAUACACGGGUAAAACCUGUGAAAAAACAGAUCAUUGUAACCAUCAGCAUUGUUCUAACCAUGGUAGUUGUGUGAAUGGAGACAGUUCAUACACAUGUAAUUGUAGCGCAGGAUAUUCGGGUAGGAACUGUCAGACACGGAAUUAUUGUUACAAUAAUCGUCAAUGUCAGAAUGGCGCCACAUGUGUGAAUGGGAAUUCUAAUUAUACCUGUAAAUGCGUCCAUGGUUAUAAAGGUAUCCACUGUGAAGUGAGUGAUUUCUGUCACAACAAGAAAUGUAGUGGGCGUGGAACGUGUCAGAAUGGUCACCAUGGUUACUCCUGUAACUGCAAUUCUGGUUUCCUAGGUAAUGAUUGUGAACAUGAUUAUUGCUUCAAUAACACGUGUAAAAAUAGAGCUACUUGUCAUAGUGGAACAUCAAACUAUACGUGUUCUUGUACGCCGGGAUACGUGGGAUCACUUUGUGAAACUCGGAAUCAUUGUCAAGGUCAGACAUGUAGCAGUAGGGGAACAUGUCAAAAUGGCCGCAGUGGGUACACGUGUCAGUGUCCGCCACAGUAUCGGGGAAGUAACUGUGAAUUAAACAAUUAUUGUCAUAGUAACCCAUGUAAACAAGGAACGUGUACAAAUACUAACAAGGGAUAUAACUGUUCCUGUACUGCGGGAUAUACCGGAACAAACUGUGAUAGAACAGAUCAUUGUAACCAUCAGCAUUGUUCUAACCAUGGUAGUUGUGUGAAUGGAGACAGUUCAUACACAUGUAAUUGUAACGCAGAAUACUCGGGUAGGAACUGUCAGAUACGGAAUUAUUGUUACAAUAACCAUCAAUGUCAGAAUGGUGCCACAUGCGUGAAUGGAAAUUCUAAGUAUACCUGUAAAUGCGCCCAUGGUUAUAAAGGUAUCCACUGUGAAGUGCGUGAUUUCUGUUACAACAAGAACUGUAGUGUGCGUGGAACGUGUCAGAAUGGUCACCAUGGUUACUCCUGUAACUGCAAUUCUGGUUUCCUAGGUAAUGAUUGUGAACAUGAUUAUUGCUUCAAUAACACGUGUAAAAACAGAGCUACCUGUCAUAGUGGAGCGUCAAACUAUACGUGUUCUUGUACGCCGGGAUACGUGGGAUCACUUUGUGAAACUCGGAAUUAUUGUCACGAUCAGACAUGUAGCAAGAUGGGAACAUGUCAAAAUGGCCGCAGUGGGUACACGUGUAAUUGUCCACCACAGUAUCGGGGAAGUGACUGUGAAUUAAACAAUUAUUGUCAUAGUAAUCCAUGUAGACACGGAACGUGUACAAAUACUAACAAUGCAUAUAACUGUUCCUGUACUACGGGAUAUACCGGAACAAACUGUGACAAAACAGAUCAUUGUUACAACCAACAUUGCUCUAACAACGGUACUUGUCAUAACGAAAAUACAGCAUACAAAUGUACCUGUGCCGCUGGAUACACGGGUACAAACUGUGAACACACUUACUGCUAUAAUAAGAACUGUUCUGGGCGCGGAUCCUGUCAGAAUGAACAUAAUGGAUACACAUGUCGAUGUAAUGCUGGAUUUAUGGGGCAAGACUGCGAGGUACAGAAUUACUGUUAUAAUCAGCGCUGUUCUAACCACGGUAGAUGUGUAAAUGAACACAGCUCAUACACAUGUAAUUGUAACGCAGGAUAUUCGGGUAGGAACUGUCAGACGCGGAAUUUUUGUUAUAAUAAUCACCAAUGUCAGCAUGGCGCCACAUGUGUGAAUGGGAAUUCUAAUUAUACCUGUAAAUGCGUCCAUGGUUAUAAAGGUAUCCACUGUGAAGUGCGUGAUUUCUGUCACAACAAGAAAUGUAGUGGGCGUGGAACGUGUCAGAAUGGUCACCAUGGUUACUCCUGUAACUGCAAUUCUGGUUUCCUAGGUAAUGAUUGUGAACAUGAUUAUUGCUUCAAUAACACGUGUAAAAAUAGAGCUACUUGUCAUAGUGGAGCGUCAAACUAUACGUGUUCUUGUACGCCGGGAUACGUGGGAUCACUUUGUGAAACUCGGAAUCAUUGUCACGAUCAGACAUGUAGCAGUAGGGGAACAUGUCAAAAUGGCCGCAGUGGGUACACGUGUCAGUGUCCGCCACAGUAUCGGGGAAGUAACUGUGAAUUAAACAAUUAUUGUCAUAGUAACCCAUGUAAACAUGGAACGUGUACAAAUACUAACAGUGGAUAUAACUGUUCGUGUACUGCGGGAUAUACCGGAACAAACUGUGAUAGAACAGACAAUUGCUACAACAAUACGUGUUCAAACCAUGGAAAUUGCAGUAAUCUCGAAAGUGGAUACGUUUGCAAAUGUGAACCUGGAUUCAAUGGAACUGACUGUGACGAAAGAGCUUAUUGUUUUCAAAAUCCUUGUCAAAAUGGAGGUACUUGUCAACAGCAACUUCAUGGACACGUCUGCAAAUGCACGCCUGAAUUUCAAGGGUUAAACUGUACUGAAAGAAACCCCUGUCAGAAUCAUACGUGCAGCAGCCAUGGCAUUUGUUCUUCAUUGUCCGGUGAUUACAGGUGUACAUGUCAUGAUGGAUUUUAUGGAAAAGAUUGUCAAUAUCAAGACUUUUGUUAUCAGAUAGAUUGCAACAGAAAUGGAAUUUGUCAAAAUGCAUCAACGACAUUUGAAUGUAAGUGUAAUCCGGGCUUCAAAGGACGUGAAUGUCAAUAUGUGGACCACUGCAGUAACUAUGAAUGUAACAAUGGAACGUGUCACCAGAAUACCACACAUCGGGCAGAAUGUAGGUGUUUAAGUGGAUACAGUGGUCAGCACUGCGAAAUAUUCGACGAAUGCAGUAAACUUCCCUGCCAAAAUAAAGGUACUUGUUAUAAUGGAACAUUACAGUACUACUGUGUUUGUAGAGAGGGUUUCAGUGGUAGUAAAUGUGAAUCCCGUGAUCCAUGCUUUCAACAAGAAUGUAAUCAAAAUGGUAAGUGCAUAAGUACUGCUGGCGGUGAUUUUAUUUGUGAGUGUUUUGGAAAUUAUACUGGAAAAUUAUGCCAAAAUCCUCCAUCAACACCACAACCCUCGACAUCCGAAACUCGAAAUACAACGUAUACUUACACAACAGAUCGAAUUUUAAGAUCAUCAACACAAAUACCAGAGUCAUCAACAAACAAACACCAUUCUAUACCGUCUACAAAAGCACCAACAAUGUCGUCUGCAAACUUUCCUACAAGGAUCACGACAGUUAACACACCCUCAACCUCAGGAAAGUUCACCAAUAAUCCAGCGCAUGUUUCCCCGACAAGAAGUACAACAGUAUCAUUAUCCUCAUCAACAAUUCCUGACAAUGUCUUUUCAACAGGAAGCACGAAAUCAUCAACAUCGUCACCGACAGUUCCUGACGUUACUAGUUCAGACCAUCAAUUUUCAGAAGCAGCUUCGAAAACCUCCAUGUCCACAGCAGAUUCAUUUUCAACUUCGGAGAAGUUCACCAAUACUACACCUUCUGUGUCUACCACGGAGAGCAUGGGAACUCCAUUAUCUUCAUCAGCGGGCCCCAGCAUAACUUCCAGCACAUCCAAAAACACGGAAACGCCAUCAAUAGCUUCCUCUACAGCAACUACAAUGAUUCCUGAACCAACAGAAAUAAUAUUCGAGGGGAAUGUGAAAUUUGCUACGGAGUGGCGCCCCGCACUGGCGAAUAAAUCCAGCGAAGAAUACAGGAACAUCUCAGUGCAGUUCCUACAACUGAUGGCCGCUGUGUAUGAAAAUGGAGAGCUGAAAGCUGUUUACGUGGAAACAAACAUCAUCAGUAUCAGUCGGGGUAGUAUAGAUAUAAAGUACAAUCAGACGUUCAAGACUGAAAGUAACGACAGUGUUAUCGAGGUUAAUGACACCAUUGUCAUGGAAACGUUUGAAGAAAGGAUAAAGGAGUUGGAAGACCAUCCACCCAAAGACAUCCAAGGCCUCGUGGACACGUUCAAUAUAACACAUGCUCAGAUAAGACUCCGAGAAUUACCCAGACGUCACCGACCGACUCCGACGAUGCCCCCAACGACUCAUUCAACAGGAAACCCGACAAAAUCAAUAGAAGUGGUACAACAACACCAAAAGUCCUGGGCGGAGUCGAACUUGGGCCUGCUGAUCGGGGUCGCCGGCGGUGUGCUGCUCUUGCUGAUAAUCCUUGGGCUUAUCGAGAGGAGAUUAAGGCGUCGUCAACUUUCCAAACAUUCCAUGGUACUGGACGACAAUAUAGAGCCGACAUUUUCUAAAUCCGAUUCCGAGGAAUUCGUUCUAUCUUCUACCAAUCCCACGUAUAGCGGUGGAAAACUUGAAUUAAGCUCCUCCCAAUAUCAGUAACCUAUAUGUAGCGGUCAGCUGCCCUCAAUACAAUGCACUUGUGUUAUUAAUCUGUAAGGUUUUCAAUGGAUGUCAAUACGUGUUGCGUAUAUAUGUGGAUAUAUGUGUUGUAUGCAUGUGUAGAUACAUGUCAUACACAGUCACUGGAUGAUGUGUUUGAUCAAGGACACAUGAUCGUUUUUUGGUUUUUUUUUGUGUGAACACAUGAAUUUGUCGUUGACCAACGCUUUUUAUUUUUCUAUCUAAAGUUUUAAUUGAGAAUCAUGUUUUAAAUAGAUUAUGCUGAGCCAAUUUUCAUUGCACAAUUCAAACAUUUUUUGUUUAUCAGAAAUGUUCAUCACUUAUAUGAUUAUCAAUAUAUUUUAUGUAUAACAUAAAUUAUGACAUGUAUCAUAGUCUGAGACACAGCUUUGUAUAUAUUUGCGUAUUUUCUGUUAAACAAUCGUGAUUGUAUAAAGAAUUAGACAGAAUUACUUGAAUUCAUUAAAUGUUACUUCAA